AUGGCACCAUCGGCAGUGGGGGACGUUUUCAACUUCUCGGCUGGCAACGGCUUUGUGUACAACAUCAGGAGCAUCAACGUCUUCCCUUUGUCGGCCGGCAGGAAGCGGGCAGCGGGCGAGACUGUACAUGUCAACGGCAGUCCUCGGACGCUGCCUGUCGUGCACCCGCUCCACCCGGCCUUCUUCGCCAAACCGCACGACUGGGCGGCCGAGCUCAAGCCCGCCCCGGCCCCGUUCCUCUCCUCCGACCUGCGCCUCGAGCCCGCCACCGACAAGGACAGCACCACCCCGUCGUUGCCAGCUGUGGAGUCGGCGACGUGGGAGAAGAAGGAAGACGAGAUGUGCGCGAAGGAGGAGGAGCAGCGGCUGGAGCGGUUCCUCAAGUCCUCCGCCAGCACUGAGGUCGAGGGUGCCGUGCGGCCCAUCUUCUUCGCCUGCGCCGGGCUGGUCGACAGCCAGUCCUCCGCUUGGGCGGUGCUCGACGUGGCGGCCCGACUGGCCGACAAGAUGCGACAGCCACCCCUGCCCGGGUCCCUGGCCCGCCCGUGCUCCUCCCUCGCCCUCGACGCCGCCGCCGCCACGACUGCUUCGGACCUCGGUGACCACCACGACCAGCAGCAGCAGCCGGGCGACGACGACGACGACGAAGAGGUGGGGUGGGAAGAAGAAGAAGAAGCGGCGGCUGACAGAGUCAGGCGGGAGCGGUGGAUGCUGUGGGCCGGGGACCUGGCGGCGGGAGCGGCGAGCGGGCUCGUGCUGUACUGGCUGCCGCAGGGCGAUCGGAAGGGCCUCGCCCUCUAUGGCCUCACGCGUAGCGGCGAGUUCCUCGCCCGCUUCCUACCUCAACGGCACCUCGACCACGCUCCUCGACUGCCACCUCAUCAACUCGGGCUCCUGUCAGCGGCGCCAACGUGGUCUUCUCUGCGUUCGUCACAACAGCACGGGCUCCAUCACUGUCACCGCGGCUCGCUGGUCCUCAACAGCGGCGGCAGCCACGUGUGGUGA